AUGUCGGUCGAGAUUAAAGAGAUAUUCAACGACCAUGGAGUUCAAAAUUCUCCAUCCACCGCGAGGAGAAGUGCCAUGAAAGAAAUAUUUUUUAACGUAGGACGUAGAGGACGUCACGAUUCAUUGAUAUCCAUGUCACAGUAUCAAGCCGAACCGAAAACCAUGAUGAAAGAGAAGUCAGCUACCCGGCUACCGGCGGAAUGUAUGAAACGCAUAAUCAAAUACGUCGAAAGAAGACGCGAUGUCAUUUCUUGCCUUCUGGUUAACAAAUAUUGGUGCUCGAGCGUGAUACCGUUGCUUUGGGCCCGACCGUUUGACAACGUGUCCGUAGAAAAUCGGUUCAAGUUGAUUCGCACCUACAUCUCCUGUCUGGAAGAAGAGGAUAGAUCGGGCCUAAACUUUGCGCUGAAGAAAUUCAAGGUGAAAAUCCCCUAUUCGUCACAAUCCCUGUUCGAGUAUGCGACAUACCUGGAAAGGUUUUCAUACAACAAGUUAUAUAUGGCUGUCGAUUCCGGAAUUCGAAACUACCUAAGCAAAGAGGUUGUGGCUGGUCGUAGUACGCAUCAACAAACAAUCCUGAUCACCGGUGUGAUGUGUCAAUUGUUCAUGCGUCAAAGUCGAAGGAUGACCUCGAUCGAGAUCACCAAAUUCUUUGGUAUGGUGGACUUGCCUCGGAGUUCAUUGUUUUCAACUGCCGAGUACACCCUGUCAAAUAUACGGAGAUUUGAGCUCGAAUACACAAACCGAAUGACACGAAACACCCUGAAAUUAUUAAAGUACGUCUCUAAAUAUUGUCAUAAACUGCAGGUGUUGGAUCUGAAAUUCCCAUACCUAACGGACAAAUUGGAUGUGGUCAAUUCAAUUACCAACAUCAUCAAUGCCCAAACGCAACUGACCGAAUUCAACCUGUCGGGAUUGAGAUUCGGGACCGAAAUAAUUGUGCCGGCGUUGGUGUCGCAAGCGGGUUCGUUGCGUUCCCUCAAGUUCAUGAAUUGUGAUUUCACCGGAACCGAUUUUGAACCGUUGGCCAGGUGUCGAGAAUUAAAAUCCCUCACGAUUCAAUACUGUCAAGGAUUGACCAACGAGAGCAUCUUUAGUUUAAAGCAUCCUCAUUUCACGCUCAAGUCCCUCAACAUCGGGUGUUCACCUGCUGCCCUCGUGUCUCAACUGUUAAUAUUUCCGAUUGCGGGAGAAUCUCUGGAGGAAUUGACCCUGGAUCUGAUUACACCGGAGACAAUCACCACCAUAUUGGAGAAUUGUCCCAAGCUGAAACAGCUAAAAUUGGUAAAUUACUUCUUGCAGCAACCUACGAAAAUCGGGGAGCUAUUACGGGGACUUAAAUAUUUGCGAAAACUUGAAAUAUUCAUCAGUUCCAAGAAUGCGGAUUACGAAAACAUGAUAUUAACGUCCGGUGAUCUACCGGAAUCAUUGGAUUGCCUAAUACUAAGAUGUGGAUUCACCACCAUUCAGUUGGAUAACCUGCUUUCAAGGCGUGAUUUGACAACCCUUAUAAUGGACUAUAUGUACUUCGAUCAUUCACACUUCCGGGUUAUCCGAGAGUACGCAAAGAGGAGCGAUAGAUUGGAAGUGUUGGGAAUAGGUGAUGGGGGAGCGAAAGAUUCGUUCGCCAAAAAGGAAUGGAAAGAAUUACAGAAAUUAUGUAAAGAUUAUAAUAUCCGAGCGGUUCCCUUGCGGGAAAUAAAUAGUUGGUAA